UAUCUUGACUAUCUUUCAACAGCUACAGUACAAGUAAUGGAAGCAUCAAAUCAAACAUCUUCAGGAAGAUUCAUCCUCCUUGGCAUGGCCAAUGUCCUGUAUCUCCAGGUCAUCUGCUUUAUUACAUUCUUAAUGAUGUAUAUGAUAACACUGUCAGCGAAUGUUCUACUGAUCAUUGUUGUAUUAACUAACUCAAAGCUACACACUCCCAUGUAUUUUUUCUUGAGUAAUCUCUCCGUGAUUGACAUUUGCUUCUCCUCCACCGUCGUUCCUAAAAUUCUAGAAAAUAUUUUAUCCAAGGAUAGAAGUAUUUCUCUUGUGGGAUGUGCACUUCAAAUGUAUUUCCAUAUGUCCUUGGGAGCUACAGAGUGUGUCAUUCUUGCUGUCAUGGCCUAUGAUCGUUUUGCAGCCAUUUGUAGACCAUUGCACUACCAAACGAUUAUUAACAAGAAGAUAUGUGUUUGUUUAGCUUCUAUAUCAUGGGGUGGGUGCUUUGCUUUUGGCAUCAUUCAUACACCUCUCACUUUUCAAUUGCCCUUUUGCAAAUCCCAUCACGUUAACCACUUCUUCUGCGAGAUGCCUCCUUUCUUUCAACUCUCCUGCAAAGAUACUCGUCUUAAUGAAAUUGUCAUGUACGUUGCGGCACUUAUCAUUAUGCUGUGUGCUUUCUGCUUGACGUUAAUUUCAUAUGUUCACAUCAUCUACACCAUCUGCAAGAUCCAGUCAUCAGAAGGGAGAGAAAAAGCUUUCUCGACAUGUUCAUCCCACCUCACUGUUGUAUCUGUGUUCUAUGGGACUGUUAUCUUUAUGUACAUGAAACCUCGCUCUGUAUACUCUCCUGAAAUAGGCAAGACCAUGUCUAUUAUAUAUACAGCAGUGACCCCAAUGUUGAACCCCAUCAUCUACGGCAUGAAGAACAAGGAUGUUAAAGACACAAUCAAAAUUAAGCUUUCUAGUCAAACCAAAAAAUAA